AUGGAAUAGGAAGUAGGAAAGGUUUGUUUAGUAGAAGUGCCAAUAGAAAAAUCAUUUCUAUUUUAGGAUUAGAUCACCAUAGACAAAAAUCUUAAUACAUUGAGAGAAGGAUUAUCUUAUAGAUUUAUUCAAUCAUUUAUGAAUCCCCAAUAAAAGUUAUUGAUUGUGUGUCCACCAACAUAUGCUCUUAAAGAAUUAGAUGCUAAAGCAAAUAAUAAAACUCUUUUUGAUGGGAAAGGCUAUAUCAAAGCGCUUCCAAAGGGUGAGCAUCCAUAUCUUGUCGGAUAAUAAUCAGGCAUGAGAAGUGCCAUCAUUAAUUAGAAUGGAAAAAAUUAUAGACUAAAAGGUUGUGGAAAUGGGACUGAUGGUUUUACCUUGAGAAAAUUUGAAGGGGACAUAGAAAAUGCAGUUGAAAUAAGAGGAUGUUGUUUUGAUCAUACAGUCAAAAGAGAGCUGUUUAUGAAUAGAAAGAUUGAAUAAAUAUUAAAAAAAUACAACAUAGAAACUGGUAAUAUUAGUAUUGGCUAUUGGUAAUAUGGAGAUGUUGAAUCUAUCAAUGAAAAUUUAGAGAAGAACUUAUAAAAUUAAAUGUCUUUAGUUCCAAAAUAUUGUGGAAUCUAUGAGACAAUUGGGGAUUUCAGACUUGGAACACAUUUACUUCAAGGUCUUAGAAUUAUUACGAGUUCAUGUGUUACUGAUUGGAGUGUCGAUGAUAUUAGACGAUUAGUUACGGUUUAAUCAAGGAUUGUAGAGAAUAGAAAGUCACCAAAUGGGAAUCCAUGGGAUCUUAACAAUACUUAAUUUAGAGAGAGACCAUAAGGUACAAUAUUUUAGGAGGAUGAUUAUCAAAAUAAUAGAGUAUUUGAUUGGGAAAAAGAAAAGGAUAAUGUAAGUAUCACAGAAAAUUUAAAUGGAAACUCAAAGCUAUAAAAUAUUAGUAUACUUUAUUAAAGAAUUGGAUACGAAAUAGGAAAAAUAAAAAGAAUAUUUAUUGACAAUGAAAUUAGUUGGGGAUAUUUCAGGGAUCAUAGCAAAUUUUAUUAUCAUAGCAAUGCUCAUUUAGAUAAUUUUGUUGUAAUAUAAAAUGGAUCUAGUUUACUAGCCCCAGUAGAUUUUGAUCUUGCUUUCUGGUAUUUAUUGUGAUUUAUUUUUAGUAAGGAAGAGUUCAUUAACAUUGACAUUGAUUUUGAUGCUUAGCUUAUUAAAUCUUCAGAAACUUAAGAAAAUAAGAAUUAUGGUAAAUUUGAUUUGGAAUAAUGGUUAUUUUAUUAAGAUCAAGAAAGAAUUGGUUUAGAAUUAGCAAUAGGAGGGAUGGAUAUGAUUUUAGCAAGUCAUAUGUUUUUAUCAAAAUAAAAAACAGAUGUUGAAGACUAUAUUGAGAUACUUUUAAGAGAUUAAAUGAGGAUUGGAUAUUUAGAGGGAAUGCAAUUAAAGGACGAUUCCAGUAUAUUUUAUUAAAGAAUGGAUAAAAUACAAGAUAUCAUUAAGGAAGCCUUAAAUUUGACCCAAGAAAUUGUUUCUUGA